CUCAAGCUACGUAGCAGCUACGUGUACGCUGCGGUUAGCUCGUCGCGCUGGGUACCGCGGCAGUUUUCAGCAGGAUGACCGACUUGGGCACAGUUCGACUUGGUACCUUUGCAGCAGCUUUGCGAGCAUAUAAGGCCUGAAUUGAGAUCUGGUUAUAUUCAUGCAGCUCAACUGUUGGUGUUCAGCUGCUUGUACGUCUAAUACUCGCCCGGUAUCAGCCGUGCAAUGGAUGCGUGGUGCUUGGCCCUGGGUGAUCCAGCUCCUUCGAUGGAGACUAGCUGAUGCUUCCAGCAAGGCUUUUCUUUCCAUUACUUGGCACACUCCUCGUGCCAGUGGCAAUUGGCAGUCCACCAGAAGAUGCUAAGCGCAACAGGGCUGAAAUGGAAGGAUCGGUGCAUUUAUACUGACUUGUGGGUGCAAAACAAGACCAAGUAACGCUUCUUGAACAUGUGCCAGCGCUCCCUCGGGAUCAAUGGACAACUUGCAGUGAAAGUGGGGUUUCGCCUGCAGAACAGAUGCAACCAGAGAUGACAGUCUACCCUGGGAGCUCGGGUUUACAAGCCUGAGAAGCUUUACGAAGGCUCACAGGGUUUGAGUACUGGGCAAGACUGUGCAUUUGAGCUGAAGCUGAAGUUCUGUUUGGCAAGAGAAGGACAGAUUCGGCUCAGAAGGUUUUGCGGUGCAAAUGGAUACAGUGCCAGCUAACCUUGGUGCAAGUGUGGAAGACCUUCAGAACAGCAGCACUCUGUUCCUCAAGAGUCGCCAAGUCACGGAUGCGGACUGCGCUGCCAUAGCUCCGUAUUUGAAGAAGAACACCAAUCUCAGGCAGCUCUUCAUUGGAUACAACGACUUUAGCGACGAAGGGGCUAGACAUUUAUGUGAAGCUCUUUCUGGAAUUGAAGGUGGUUCCCUGGAGCUGGUGGGCUUCCGACAUUGCAAACUUGGAAAUGGUGCUGCAGAUGCAGUGGCUGAACUCAUCAAGCGGAGCAAGACGAUUGUGGAGGUGGGAAUAGAUGAGAACGAGAUCUUUGAUGCAGGUGCUGAGAGUUUAGCAGCGGCGCUGCCAGAAGCAACGUCAUUGCGGCACUUGUAUAUUGGCGAAAAUAAGAUUACGGCACAGGGCGAAUCCAAGCUGAGUGCAGCAGCUCCAUCAUCAAUGAAGGUGUACUUCACAAGAUGAUGUGAAGAGAUGCGGAGAAGAGGACAAUGCUCAACUGACCUUUGCGAUCAGCAGUUUCCAGUGCUUCUAUGGCCUUCAACUGCUUUGUAGAUAUGGCCUCGCUGGAAUUGCUUGCAGAAACAGGCGCAGCCUUCUCCGUCAUGGAGGUCUGAGGUCUUUGUCAGGUACGUCACCUUUUGAGCUGGUCAAUUGGCUUCAUUCGUAAAAUCUGCCAAGGACAAGUUAGCCGCGAAAGAUUGGCCAGACUGCACAGGACCAAGUGGCUGGACCCUUGGAGUUGGAGGCUUUGCAGUCGUUGGAAGAUGCAGAUAACUUCAUGGCUUCUUUCUAGACGAAGUCUUCCCAGUUUAGUUUUGCAAUGCUCGAUGGCUGCAUAGCCUCAAUGCGAAACAGUUGGAGCUGUUCGAAGUGGAAUUGCUCCCAUCGAUCGCUAGCCGCUGCAUAAGCAGAGAGGCAGCCUCGAAAGGAGGACUCGGAGAGUGCGAUACGGAAAAAGACACGCCUUGCCACUGCGCGCCUCCAACAUUUGAAACAACAUCUAGACUCUCGGCUUGGUCAGAAAUAGGAUGCUUUGGUGAACCCUUUAAGGCAAGCCUCACUCGUCAUUUGCCU